AGCAGGCCUGGGAAACGGGAACAGAGGGAUUAAGUGUGGAUUCAUGGAUUUGAACUUUUUGCUGGUGUUCUCUGUUGUAAUUUGCUUGCAUCUAUUAUUUAAUUCUUGCCCGUGCUCCAAUUUCAUCGUGCUUUUAAGCCAGCUUGAACGUAAAAAUUACAGGGGUAUGUCUGAUAUGCACAACUAUUUCUUAUUCUACCUUGAACAUUUGAUAAGAUGCCUUCUUUAGAAAAUUUUUUAGAUUAAGGAGAUUAUCUUAACAGCUUUGGUUAAUUCUAGAGCUCACAGCCUCUGAUGCGUCACGGUUUCAAAUCCUUUAUCAGGAAAGGAUAGGAAAACCUACUACUAUUCCUCUGCAACAGUGUUUUAUCACCAGUUAUGAAAAGUUCUAUGUCACAUGUUUCAGUGGGAACAAGGUGAAUAUGGCACAUGUUGUGUUCGAGCUAUUUGUCCUCUGUCUGUCCAGUGGUUAGAAUUAUUUCAAUUACAUUUCCAGGAUUAGAAAGAAUUUGUGAAGCUGUGGCUGAAAAAGUUGAGAUUACUUCUUCUAUGUGACUGUCAGAACUGUUCUCAUCAAAUUCUAAGGAAAGGACACAAAGGCACAUCUAAUUUAAUUAAGGUUUCUGUUUUUUCCCCCUCCUGUCUAGCAUGAGUCCCUUCUUCAUGAUGUCUCUCCUCUUUGGCCUGACCUUUGGUCAAACAGCAUCACUUUGUGCUCCUUCAGAGUACACAAUCCAUGUGGAGAAACGGGAGUGCGCCUAUUGCCUGGCCAUCAACACCACCAUCUGCGCCGGAUUCUGCAUGACUCGGGACAGCAAUGGCAAGAAGCUGCUACUCAAAAGUGCUCUGUCCCAAAACGUGUGCACAUAUAAAGAGAUGUUGUAUCAAACAGCACUGAUUCCGGGCUGUCCUCAUCACGCCAUCCCUUACUAUUCCUACCCCGUGGCCAUAAGCUGCAAGUGUGGUAAAUGUAACACUGACUACAGUGACUGUGUUCACGAGAAGGUUAGGACAAACUACUGCACUAAGCCACAGAAGCUCUGUAACAUGUGAGCUUCCAACAGAACACGGCAGAAAUGUACCUCUCUGCUCAGAACCAAGAUAAAUAAAACAAUAUUUCAUAACAGGUUUGCAAACUGGUGUGCACAACGUUUUAUUCUGAAGAGAGAUCACUGGAGUUACUGUAAUGAACUGGAUAUUCCGACACGCAGAAGCAGAACCACGGGUCUGAAGGUUCUUAUUUAGUGCUCAACCAUAAUUUGCCUUAGGGAAGAAGAAAUAACUGUGUAUGUAUGGGCCUUUGCUCAUGAUCUCCAGGUACUGCUUGAACAAAAUUAUUGAUAUAUCUUAGAACUAGACUCUGCGUGCUCUUGGUGUUAAACAUUUCAACUAGAUUGACACAGCCCUGCAGCCCUUAUAGCAGCAACUGCGUUUCUACAUGUAUGUAACACUGGAUGUUUUGAGGACCCUGUCUGCACUGCGCAGCAGCUAGGACUAAGCAUGUGCAGCUGCAUACAGUUCUACUUCAUCCCUAGCAUCGCCCAGUGCUGUGCUCAUCAGCAUCACCAGGCAUAGCUAUUCAC